UCUGUUAUAGGCGUAUGCUCUGAUAGUCCUAUAAGGGAUAUAAUAAGAUAUCCGGCAACAUAUAUCCGACCAUAGGUUUGCAAAUGGCCAACUGUAUAUGUCGUUAUUUUCUCAUUAUAGGAAACGGUAUCACUAUCGACAUUUCUGGAAGCGUGACCGAGAUAUUGACAUCUUUGACAACGAUUUCAGUGUAAACUACUUAUGGAGGCCAAGGGAGACAGUGCUGCCACAGUUGUUUCUCCUAAUCCAGCAUCAGAUUUUAUGGAUGAGCGAGGUGAUGCCUCAUCUCAUGGAGGCAACACUGAGGUGGUAGAGACACAGGAAAGUGAAGCCUCAAAUCUUGAUGCAGAACCUCAAGCAGCAGAGCAGUCUGUGACUGAAAGUAAACCAGAUGAAGCACCUGGGCCUACUAGUGCUGCCACAAAUAAUGGUGAAAAAGACAGUAUUGCAUCUGAUGAAAAUGUGGACUUGACACAAGAUGAUAAGGAAGGUAGUUCUGAUUCUCAGAGUGAACCGUUUGAGAUGCUGAAAAUACCUGAUCAAGGGGAGGCAACUCCAACACAUUCCAAUAUUGGUGAUGAGGCUGAAAUAGUGGAUGUCACAAAGGACGUAGACCCAGACAGUGUGAAAGAAAAGGAUGUGCCUGAGAAGAAGGAAGAGGAAGAUGGUUGUAUGGACAUACUGGGAAAUGGUUUGCUGAGGAAGAAGGUGACAAAGAAGGGAGAAGGCCACGAUUCACGUCCUCAACACGGCGACAUGGUGACACUGAAAGCCGAGGGUCGUCUUGAGAAUGGCACGGUUGUAGACAAGCAGGAGGCUGUCACAUUUGCACUUGGAGAUGGCGAUGUUAUACAAGCCUGGGACCUGGCAGUGUCUUUGAUGGAGACAGGAGAGCACUGUGAACUCAGAACAGCAGCUAAAUAUGCAUUUGGAGCCACCGGCAGAGAGCCAGACAUCCCUGCUGAUGCCACCAUCACGUACACCCUGGAGCUUGUCAGCAAAGCGCAAAGCCCCAUGCUCAGCAGCCUGUCGUUGAUAGAGCGCUUGAAGAAAGGGGAAACCAAGCGAGAGAGGGGCAAUUUCCUGUUUGGAAGGAAGGAUUACACUGGAGCCAUUAACUCCUACUCAAAGGCCAUUACGGUACUGGAAUAUCCUGGCAGCACUGAUGGCGCCGAGACCAACACAUUGCAGGAAGUCUUGGACUCCAAACUCAAAUGCUACAACAAUUUGGCUGCUUCUCAACUAAAGAUUGAUGCUUAUGAUGCAGCAAUCAGGUCCUGUGAGGGCGUACUGAAGAGUCAGCCAGACAAUGUCAAAGCCUUGUACAGAAUAGGAAAGGCAUACAGUUCCAAAGGAGAGAAUGAGAAAGCUUUAUCUUAUCUGAAGAAGGCCUUGAGUAUAGAUCCAGCAUCAAAGAUUAUCCAUGCAGAGUUGUCAAAGCUUAGUCAGAAGUUAAAGGCAGACACGGACUCUGAGCGGGCAAUGUACCGGAGAAUGAUGGGAGCAAAUAAGCCGUCAAAGAAGCCAAGUAGUGGUCCAUCUUGGUGGAAGAUGCCCCUGAUAUUUGGUGGUGUGAUGGCAGGAGUAGUAUCUGUGGGUCUCGCAGUAGCGUACAGAUAUGGCCAGCACUGACACUGACUGCUCCCAUGUCAAGAAGCGGGACAGAACAUUGUGACACAAGGGGCGAGACAGUAUAAAACCUGUGACAGCUGGGGGCAUGAUAACGUGACACCUGUGACAGCUAGGGGUGUGGCAGUGUGACAUUGUGACAGCGAGGGGCGUGGCAGUGUGACAUUGUGCCAGCUUGGGGCGUGAUAGCGUGACACCUGUGACAGCUAGGGGUGUGGCAGUGUGACAUUGUGACAGCUAGGGGCGUGGCAUUGUGACAGCUAGGCGCGUGAUAUUGUGACACCUUAGGACAUCACAGUGUGACAGCUAGGCGCAUGACAGUGUGACAUUGUGACAGCUUGGGACAUCACAGUGUGACAUUGUGACAGCUAGGGGUGUGGCAGUGUGACAUUGUGACACCUCAGGCGUGACAUUGUGACAGCUUGGGACAUCACAGUGUGACAGCUAGGGCCUGACACUGUGACAGCUAGGGGGUGUGAGAUUGUGACAGCUAGGGGCGUGGCAGUGUGACAUUGUGACAAUGUGACAGGUGUGACAUUGUGACAGCUUGGGGUGUGACAUUGUUAUAGCUUGGGGCGUGGCAGUGUUACAUUGUGACAACUAGGGGCGUGAGAGUGACAUUGUGACAACUAGGGGCGUGAGAGUGACAUUGUGACAGCUAGGGGCGUGACAGUGUGACAUUGUGACAGCUAGGGGCAUGACAGCGUGACAUUGUGACAGCUUGAGGGGUGACAUUGUUACAGCUAGGGGUGUAGCACUGUGACAUUGUGACAGCUAGGGGCGUGACAGUGUGACAUUGUAACAGCUAGGGGCGUGACAGUGUGACAUUGUGACAGCUAGGGGCGUGACAGUAUGACGCCUGUGGAUUGAAUCCUUUUGAGACAUUAAUUAUGAUUUUCAUCCACCCCUUCAAUGAGUAUGAAAACAAGAUGAAAUAUUCUGGAUGUUUAUAUAUAUAACUAACCAUACCAUAAAGUUAACAUUUGUCCAGAAUGAUCUACUACAGGAUAUGUGAACUUGUUACUUGUGCAUAUGGAUUGACCAAAGAACAUUUGGAAUAAUCUCAAACCUGAACAUUUGUGAAGAAUGAGAGUACCAAUCAUCCAGCAACUACUCGACAGUGGAAGGGAGGUAACUCAGGACUAUGACAUAUGAUGUUAGUCGCAGGAGUUGUUUGGUUAAUUAUUUACUGCAGAGGAGGUUGUAAUUGUGCAAUAAAUUUGUAACAAUUGUGUAAGUAUAACAACAUGUUAUACAGAAGACAUGUCUACACAUAUUCCCAACCAUUCGUGACCAACUCGUGUUAUUCCGGGACAAACCAAAUGGCGACUCAUGCCGCUUGUGGCCAUUUUUGUGACCAGGUUCCGUUUUAGUGCAAAGGGGGCAUAGCUAAACAAAUUGUCAACUUGUUGCGUAAUGAUCCAUGUAUAUUUCCCCAUAUAUUAUAGAAUUUCGGAUGCAAUUUAAAGCACGUCGGGACAUACGGUAUUAUACAGUAUGAGUAAACACAUGUGACUGUAUGUCGGGUAUAUUUGUAGAUGUAAGACAUAUGUAAACACAAAAAUUAUUCCUGAGGGAUUCUUUGAUCGAAGGACUUGAAGUCAUACACGCAUUUUGAUUGGUUUGUCAUAUUUUCGCACAAAACAUUUAUGAAUAGGGGGACGAGUCUUUUGGAGGUUACGGAAAGGGGCGAGUGGUGACGAAUAAUUCCCAGCUGCUUAAUAUACUACUGGUAUAUUUGCUCUCAGUGUGUUACCAGUUGUCUGCUUUGGUAGAUAUUGUAUACAAUGUAUCUGUGAAAUGGUUGUCAAGUAAAUGAGACUCUUUAUGAGUUAUGGUUAUGACAAUCAAAAGGAGCCUGGUGAUUAUGGUUGUUAAUCGCUGUUAUCUUUCUAAUAUUCAAAUGUAUUUACGACUUUUUGUCGCAUGUUCUGACAUCUUGUCUUACAUCUGUCAUGAAUGUAGGCAAACAUUAAGUCAUGAAUAUGAGAAUUAUAGUGCCAGCAUGUUGGUUAAAAUUUGUGCGACAACUUUAUCAAGAUACCGCACAUGAGUUUACAUACACUGAGAACAUUAUUUCAACUAGUUUCUACUUAUGACUAUAUCAUACUGCUAAUCCGAUAUCAGAAGAUGAAUUAAACAGAAAGAGAAUACAGAUUCAGUCAAACAUAACUAAGUGUAUAAUGAUAUUCUUUUUUUUUUAACACUUUUUUCUUGCAAAAUCACUAGUGGAACUUAGGUGGUUGUAUUACUGAAAUUUGCAAGAUUUGCAUGGUUUAAUAUACCAGAACCUUAUGUCAGCUUUCGAUGUGUUAUAAAAAAACAUAGUCAAUAAUCUUAGAAAUGUUCAUGCACUAUGCGAAGAUGCCUGGAAUUAACUAAAAGGGAAACCCAGCUGGGUUAUCGGCUAUAAAUAGAGUCAUCUGAAUAGAUAAUGUGUGUACAGAUCAUAGAGAUUUUGUUGCCAGGAACCUGGAGUGCUGUGUAACACAUUGUUACACUUAUGGUUGAGAGCGAGGUAUGGCAUUGUGGAACUUUGGGGUAUACCAGUAACUGACAUGAACAAGCAGAACUGAGUUUGGGGAUGAUAAAUAAUAAAAAUAUACUUACUGGAUGUGGAACAAUAUAUAUCAUCAGAUGAUAUGUUUUCGGACAACCAUAUUUAUUGCGAGUACUUCCACUUUAACAAGGGUUGUGUCACACAGAUAUUGUAAAUACUCAGAUGAUGGCUUGAUUUUAAGAUAAAGUUGUCUUUUAUAAGUGAGAGAGAUGUUUUACGGUUGUUCUUUUGAUAAGCGAGAAAACAAGGGGAUACUAACAAUUCAGGAAUCUGUUAUUGUUUAUAAGCAGAGGUCAAGGGAAAAGAACCAUUUUGGAGUUUUUGAAUGUGGUCUUGCUUCCUGAAGUAUUUUGAUGUUUAGGAUCUCAAGUAUUGUAAAUCUGUGUACGGUCUUCAUGAAUGUUGACAUGUGAAGACCCAUCCCCAGUUAUCUCCCCUAACCAACAAUGUUCAUGAAUCUUCACGGCUUUUACAUGGACUUCGUUUCCCUGCUGUUGUGACGGGAAAAUAUAUUAUGCAAAUCUUCCCAGUAUGUACCCUCCCCAAAUGCAUGUCAUAUUUUUAGGUCACCCUCCCCAGUCCUUGUACUAUAUUUUAUUAUGAAAAUGUCAAUUUUUUUAUGACCCUCCCCAAAUAUGAGUAUUAUUUUAAUGACCCUCCCUAGAGACUGUCGUAUGUUUUGUGACCCUCCCCGGAUUCCUUCUGACCCAUGCUGGAUUCCUUCUGACCCACCCCACUUUUUUUUAAAUGACCGGUACCGAAGGAGUAAUGUGCAGGCCAAUACAAGAAAGUAUGUAACAUGUGUCUGUCCAAGCACACGUCUCAUUUAUACUUGCAAUGUGCAUAUGUUCAUCUGUUACAGUUGAUUUGUUACUGAAUAGUGCAAAUGAUUGUAGACUUUUAGAUACCUUGGCCCUGUUCCACAAAGCAAUCUUAGUGCUACGACUGUCCUAAGUCUUUGUUAAAGUAUGGGAGUUACGAUUGUCUUAGCGCUAAGAACACUUUGUGGAACUGCACCCAGUACUAUAUGCAUCACCCUCCAACAUGGGACCAGGCGUACAAUGUGAAUAGCUUGUAAUGAUGAAUUGCUGUAUAUUAUAAUGUGAAUUGUAUUGUUGAGUGAAGUCUGUACUCCAGAAAUGUGCAUUUGGAAGUUCUGGUGUUGAAAGCAAGGAUCAGUGUUUGUUAUAACUGUAUUUUAGCAAGAUUGUGAUGGAUGAUUUGAUAAUUAAAUUGCAUACAUCAA